AUGGCGGUCCGUUGUGCAGUAAGUCGUCUGCAAACCUUGUUCGGAUACAAGAAUGUGGCUACCAGGGUAAAGAGAGUUGCCACAGUUGUCUCAUCACGGUCUCAGUCCACCUUACCACCGCUUGUAACGGCCGACGAGUGGUGGGGAAAAUGUCAGACAGCCGAGGUCUUGGGUGAGAAGAUGUCGUAUUACGACUCGGAUGCUGUAAAAACCAGUGGCAAUAAACACGCAGUUAUAUUCCUUCAUGGUAACCCGACGUCUUCAUACCUGUGGAGGAAUAUUAUACCUCGCGUGGAACCCGUCGCUCGGUGUCUUGCGCCUGAUCUUAUUGGUCAGGGACGUUCGAACAAGCUCGCCAACCAUUCCUACCGUUUUGUUGAUCACUACCGAUAUCUAUCUGCUUGGUUUGAUACCGUCAACUUACCAGAAAAGGUAAGCAUAGUGUGCCAUGACUGGGGUUCAGGCCUGGGAUUUCACUGGUCCAAUGAACACAGGAAUAGACUAGAAGGUCUGGUGCAUAUGGAGAGUAUCGUACAAGCCCUUCCAUUAUGGGAGCUCUUGGACGACAGCAUGAGGGAAAAAUUCCAGGAUAUCCGCUCCGAGGCCGGUGAAGAGAUGGUCCUGAAGGAGAACUUUUUUGUGGAACAGCUCCUCCCUUUCGCCGUCAUCCGGAAGCUGCGGGUUGAGGAGAUGGAUGCCUACCGCCAGCCCUUCAAGAACCCCGGGGAGGACCGACGUCCGACCCUGACAUGGCCCCGCGAGAUCCCCAUCUUGGGUGAAGGCCCGGACGAAAUGAUCGUCAGAGCUACGACCUACAACGCUUUCCUCAAGGACUCGGCGGAUCUACCCAAACUCUGCAUCCUGGCCACUCCUGGAGUCAUCAGUGACUGGAUCGAGAGGAUCACCGAAGAUUGGCCCAACCAGAAGAAGGUCAGGUGCGAGGGCCACCAUUUCCUCCAAGAAGACUCUCCCAUCCAGAUAGGGGAUCAUAUCAAGGAAUUCUUAUCAGAAAUUUAUGAAUAGACUUAUAGCUUGGAAAUGAAUUAUAGAAUGUAGUAAACUUACAUACAUCCCCCCUAAAAAUCUGGGCUAUUUUAUAUCUAUGCUUGAUAACGCUACCACCAUACCAAUAAUAUCGACUCCAGACCGACUAUGCUAAAUCGCGUA